UCAGUGUAAAUGGCCACAAAAUCCUGAUACACAGUUUCCAGAAGUCUCUUAAAGCAAUCAGCUGGAUCAACCCACUCCCUAUCUUUCUGUAGUCUCUCCAACACUUCUAGAUCAACUACUGGAGGCGGGAGUAGCCAUGGUGGAUUUACAGGAAUAACUACCGUUGGACUAAACUCCCUUCCAUACUGUUAUAGUGUGGACACUAUAUAAAUAAUUACAUUGAAUAUGUGUUGUAACUUGCCUGCAGUAUAGUAUGAUUGCUUUUCAUGUGUGCAUGGUUAUUAUUGGCAUUGACCGUGACCUUUCCCCUUUGAUGAUGUCAUCACAAAGUCAGAUCUGUACAAUGUGAUUCUACCACAGGUUGAGUGGGCUGUAUCAUUCUGCUGUUUUUGUACCGUUUGUACAUGGCUGUACACCUUUUAUUUAUUGGGUUGAAAGUAAAGGAAAGUAAUAUUGAAAUGCGUGUGGGCAUUCCUUGUCAAGUUACUACAUCUUUUUGGCGACGAGGAUAAAACUUUAUCAACUUGUACAGGGCGAUGUGCUAGCUAGCUAAGAAACAGAGGAGGUAGUCAGUUAGCUAGCUAGCUUAAUGAGCGACGGAGAGCAGGUGCCGCUGGACGGAAACGCCGACGGGGACAAUCAGCAGCAAGUGAAAAUCGCUAACGAGGAUCAAGGACAAGUUGGCGUUAUAAUGGCUAUGUUGGGGACUAUCACUGAGUUUGUGGAAGAGAACAAGGACUGGACGGAAUAUGUGGAAAGGUUGGGACACUUUUUCUUGGCAAAUGGAAUCAGAGAUGAGGCUAAACAACGCUCUAUUCUCUUGAGUGAUUCCAUGUGUGGGGCUAAAACCUACAAGUUAAUGAGGAAUUUGGCUACACCACGGAGACCUGGAGAAAUUCCUUUUGGGGAUCUAGUUGCUCUCGUUCAGACUCACCACAAUCCAAAGCCUUCAGUGAUUGUCCAGAGGUUCAAGUUUAACUGCCAUUUUCGGAAAACAGGUCAGUCUGUUGCUAACUUUGUUGCUGAGUUACGUGAAUUCUCUGAACAUUGUGAGUUUAGGGCUAUGUUAGAGGACAUGCUCCGUGACAGAUUAGUCUGUGGCAUUAAUGAGGACAGCAUACAGCGCCGGUUGCUGGGGGAAGCCACACUGACUUUCAAGAGAGCAUUGGAACUAUCUCAAGGGAUGGAGAUGGCCGCUAGUAAUGUGAAAAAUAUUCAAAAGGCCAACAGUGGAAGUUGUGCAGUGCAUCAGGUGACAAAAGGUGGCAGGAAAAAGGAGAAAAGCAGUGGAAUGUUUCAGAUGUGGGGGAACACAUUAUGCUAACAACUGUAAAUUCAUGGAUACUGUCUGUCACAAUUGCAACAAAAAGGGACAUUUAGCUAAAAAAUGCAGGGGUCCUAGGAGCA